AUGGGCGGCCUGCUGCGUGGAACCUUCGGCCUCAGCAGUUGGCGCACCAACCAAAAGGAGAUCGUCAACGCUACCCUGUCUGGGAGGGACGCCUUCGUCGUCAUGCGGACGGGCGGCGGAAAGUCCCUCUGCUACCAGCUGCCCGCUCUGCUCAAGGGGGGCAUCACGGUCGGCGGUGGUGGUGGUGGAGGAGGAGGAGGAGAUGGCAAGGGCAAGGGCAAGGGCAAGGGGAGCACCGGGCUGGUGAUGGUUCUCGUCACUCCCGAGAAGGUGGUGAAGUCGAAGAUGUUCAUGGCAGCGUUGGACAAGACCGCCAAGAACGGCCGGCUGGCCAGGAUCGUCAUCGACGAGGCGCACUGCUGCUCGCAGUGGGGGCACGACUUCCGGCCGGAGUACUGCAAGCUGGGCAUCCUCAAGCGGCAGUUCGCGCACGUGCCUGUGCUCGCCGUGACGGCCACCUGCACCGACUUUAUCCGGGACGACGUGCUGAAGAUCCUCAAUCUUGCUCCGGCGGACGUGGUGUGCUUCAAGAGCAGCUUCAACCGGGCGAACCUGAGGUACGAGGUGGUGGAGAAGCCGGAGGCCGCUAAGGAGUCCCUGGAGCUGCUGGCGUCGCUGAUCAAGGACAGCUACCGGGGGCAGGCGGGCAUCGUGUACGCCUUCUCGAGGAAGGAGGCGUCGGACGUGGCGGCCGGUCUGGGGGCUCGGGGAGUUCCGGCGGCGUUCUACCACGCCGGGCAGGAGGAAAGGGAGCGCAGCCGUGUCCAGCAGGCGUGGAUGAGGGGGGAUGUGCCGGUCAUCGUCGCCACCAUCGCGUUCGGGAUGGGCAUCAACCACCUCGAGGUUCGAUUCGUGGUCCACUUCUCCCUGAGCAAGAGCCUCGAGAACUACUACCAGGAGAGCGGGAGAGCGGGCAGGGACGGCAAGCCUAGCCGCUGCGUGGUGUUUUACCGGCCCUCCGACGUCUCAAGACAGGCGACGCUCUCCUGCCAGGACCAGGGGAGCCAGCCCCUCGCCACGCUGCACAAGAUGGUCCGGUACUGCCAGACGAUGGCAACCUGCCGGAGGACCAUGAUCGCGGAGGCCCUGGGCGAGCGGGGCGGGAAGGGGCUGUGCUCGAGCGGCGGCGGCGGCGGUGGCGGCGGGUGCGACGUGUGCUCGGGGGGCAUCGGCGAGGCCGCCGACGUGGCCACUCUCGACGCCACCGCGCACGCCUGCACUCUCGUCAGGAUACUCCGACACCUGGCCUUGAAGGAGCAGCGCGUGACCCCGAGGCAGCUGGUGGACGCGUGGAGGGCAAAGAAGGGUGCGAAGGCAAUGCCUGACGAGAUCGUCGGGGAGAACGACCGGCCGCCGAAGUCUCUAUCUCGGUCCGCGUGCGAGCGGCUCGUGCUGCAGCUCCUGGGAGACGGCGUGCUGUCCGACGAUUUCCAUUUCACGGCGUUCUCCGUCGUCCACUACGUGGUCACGGGGGCACGCGCUCACGCCCUGGAGAGCGGCAGGCUCUCACAGGUUUCCUUUCAGGUACGAGGGAGCGCAGCCGCCGGCGCAGCCGCCGGCGCAGCCGGCGCCGUGAGAAAGACACCCGCCGGUGCUAGCAGCGAAAGGCCUUCCAAGCCGGCGGCGGCACGUCAGAAGAAAGAGCCCGCAGGGGCGGGGGGCGGUCGGGGUCAAGGAAGCAGCGGGAAGAGACGGGCGAGGUCGACGGCUGGCGGCGGCGCAACGGGUGUGGUUGCUGCUGCCGGGGUAGUCGACCUUUGCGACAGCGACGGGGAAGAGGAGGAAGUAGCCGUCCGGGGGGGAGGCGGGAAGCGCUCGUCGGGGUGGGCCGCGGAGGGAGAAAGCGAGGGGGACGAGGAGGAGGAGGAGGAAGAGUGGAGUGGAGAUGAUGGCGGUGGAGGCGGUGGUCCCGUUCGGACGGUAUACUCCUCUGACAACGAUAGCGACGACUUUGAGCCGGCCAAGCCUAGGAGACGGAAGAAGGCCAAGACCGUGGCGAAACGUGAUGAUGGCAAUAGUAGUAGUGACAACGCAUGA